GUGGCUGAUUUGUGCCUGGCUGUAGCAGCAGCGACAGAGUCCCUUUUACAGUCCUCUGCCUAGACCCACCCAGAGUCUACCAGGCCAUGGAUGCAGUGACUGUGUAUCAUGGGAAAAUAAGCAGGGAGACUGGAGAGAAGCUCCUGCUUGCCACGGGGCUGGAUGGCAGCUAUUUGCUGAGGGACAGCGAGAGUGUCCCAGGCGUGUACUGCUUGUGUGUGCUGUAUCAAGGUUACAUUUAUACAUACCGAGUGUCCCAGACAGAAACAGGUUCUUGGAGUGCUGAGACAGCACCUGGGGUACAUAAAAGAUUUUUCCGGAAAAUAAAAAAUCUCAUUUCAGCAUUUCAGAAGCCAGAUCAAGGCAUCGUAAUACCUCUGCAGUAUCCGGUUGAGAAGUCCUCUGCUAGAAGCACACAAGGUACUACAGGGAGAAGAGAUUCUGAUGUCUGCCUGAAAGCACCAUGAAGAAAAAUAAUACACCUUGUACUUUAUUUUCAAUAAUUUAAAUAUAUGCUAAGUCUUGUAUAUUGUAGAUAAUAUAGUUCAGUGAGCUAUAAAUGCAUUUCUAACAUCAUCAUAGUCCUGUACUGGAAGUAUGUAGUCUGAUGUUAAAGUUGAAAUGGAUAUUGUAGAUAAUGAGAAGUUUUGAAAUGAGGAUUGGGAAAAAAUAAUUCCUUAGGUUAUUUUUAGUUAUUAUAUUUACAAAUAGGAGACAAUUUAAAGCAUAAUGAAUACUUUAUAGAUUAAUGUCAGUUCUUGCCAAGUAUAAAUAAAAAUAAUCCUCUUUUUU